CUGACCGCCCACGCCGCCGUCCAUGCCGCCAUCCACCGCGCCAUCCACCGACGCGGUCCCGCCGACCGCGCGCAGCCCGUGUGGCGCCUUGCAGAGACGUACCGCAGCCCGGAGCGGAGGAGCGGCACACGGCCGCCGUCGCAGACCAUUGAGUCAAGUCGGAGGCUGGGUGCACAGCAGAACACGUCGAGCCGCGCGCUGCAGCACGUCUAUUCGAGUGAGUCUACCGUCGCGAAGCCAUCAGCGUCCGUCUGCGUGUCCUGGGUCUGUGCCCGCGCUCUGCCUGUGCCGACGCCCGCGCUCUGCACGACGCCUCCCCCGCCAUCUUCUGGCCUAAUGCGCACGCCGGGCCCACAACCACAUGAGCCUCGAGCGACCGUGGGUGGCGUUGCGGAUGGAGCGCGCGUGCGCGCGCAGUCUCCCGCACUCGGUCAAGAUGUGCUGCCCAUGCUGUCGCGCGCGCCCGCAGCUGCUGCUGCAUUACUACAAAUGCGCAUAAAAGUGUAA